UGAAGACUACUGUCAAAAUGACGGAGGAAACAGCCACGAUGACGGCGGGAUCGGAAGCCCGACAGAAGCUUCUGAAAGCUGUCAAAAAGGAGGUAAAACAGAUCAUGGAAGAAGCAGUUACAAGAAAAUUUGUUCACGAGGAGAGUAGCAGCAUUACCUCCCUUUGUGGGGCUGUAGAAGCCUGUCUCUUGCACAGUCUGAAGAAGAGAGCUCUUGGGUUGUUCAAGUACAGCACAACAACAGCCUUGUUACAGAAGGUGUCAAAGAGCUGCGAAUCGGCUGCUGAAGGCGCGCUGGUGACAGAGAUCGAGGCCAACAAUGCCCCCAACAAUGACGGGAUAUACAUGUACGUCGCCGUGUUGUUGGCGACUGGUGUAAUGUUACAACCGCUUGGAGAACCAGCACCCAGUAUAUUUGGCUGUACAUCAUACAGUACAUGGUUUGAAGGAAAAUCAGUGGACAGCAACAAGAACCAAACAAAGAAGCCUGUUCCAGCGUACAACCCCAAGUACCUGUGGAUCAGACUGGCCAUAUUUGAGAAACACCUGGCCAAAAUUCUGGAUUAUCUUGUUCAGAAUCACAGUAAAUACUAUGAGCCAGAUGCCCUCAUUGCUGAUCCAGUUGAUGGACCAAUAUUUGCUUCCCUGCUGGUUGGCCCGUGUGCCCUUGACUACACAAAGAUGAAGACAGCUGAUCACUUCUGGACCGACCCCCCAGCAGAUGAGCUGGUACAGAGGCAUCGGAUACACAGUGGUCAUACAGGCAAUCUCACAGGGCCAGGCUCACCCAAACGACCAGGCCUCCAAGUCUGGAUGCGUCACCACACUAGCACCAGCAGUGAGGAGAGUACAAAAGGACAACACCUUUCAGCCAAAGAAUAUGUCGAGUCACUUCACCAAAAUUCCAAAACAACCCUGCUGUAUGGAAAAAACAAUGUGCAGGUUCAGCCCAAAGAAGAUGUGGAGUCGCUAGCGGGCUACUUAUCACUGCACCAAUCAGCUGAUGGCUUAACCAUCAAGUGGACGCCCAAUCAGCUGAUGAAUGGCUGUGUAGAAGACAAGGAUGAGGAAGUUGACAGGAGCUUAUAUUGGGACUAUGCAUUGACGGCCUGCCUGGAUGAGAUCGUCUACAUCCACUGUCACCAGCAACCGGACUGUGGCGGGACGAUCGUGCUGGUUGGUCAGGAUGGUGUACAGCGCCCCCCUAUCCACUUCCCCAAGGGAGGUCACCUGCUGGCGUUUCUGUCCUGUCUGGAGAAUGGGCUCCUCCCCCAUGGUCAGUUAGAUCCGCCCCUCUGGUCUCAACGAGGUAAAGGUAAGGUGUUUCCGAAGCUGAAACGUAAAGCAAGCAGUAAGCAGAUGCUUAGCGAGACUGAGGAUGAAGCCACUGACUACGUCUUCAGGGUUGUGCAGACCUUCAAACCAGAGAAAAUGCCUCCAGAAAUGAUGGACCCCAAAGCAAAAAUAAAGUCAGAGUUUUCUUGGCCAGUACGUGAAAUUCGCACUCGCAGUCCCCUCACCCAUUCCACAGUGCAGUCGUAUGCCAAGGACCAGCAGGAAAUGAACAACACUUGUCUGUCAAAGUCUAGUAACCACAGAAGCACGAUCAAACAGUUAUGUGAGACUAUGAAGACGCAGAUCAUCUCCAGGGCCUUUUAUGGAUGGCUUGCCCACUGUCGUCACCUGAAGACUGUCAGGACGCAUCUCUCAGGAUUGGUCCAUCACAACAUUGUAUCAGCUGAUGACCCUCUAGAUGCUAGUGGAGGACUCACUAAACUUAAGUGGGAGGAGCUUUGUAGAGAAGGGGUGGUGAAUCAAGAAGAAGAGAUCCACCGGCUGGUGUAUUACGGGGGCGUGGAUCCGGAGAUUAGAAAAGCUGUGUGGCCUUACCUUCUGGGUCACUACCAGUUUGGCAGCAGUGAAGAGGAUCGCUGUGCAGUGGACGCGGCACUCCAGACGGCCUACGAGCAGACCAUGUCAGAGUGGCUGGCUGUGGAGGCCAUUGUCAGACAGAGAGACAAGGAAAUCAUGGCAGCUAAUCUGGCCAAGCUCUCCUCAGAGAGUCAGGAUGGUCAGAUUCCCCUGGUGAGGAAAGACUCUAGUCUCAGUAACGACGUGUUUAUAUCACAGAGUUUUGACUCUGACGAUUUCUCCCACCCAGAGACGCUUCCCGAGGAAAGCUCCACUGCCAUGACGACUCCAACUCCAGAGCACCGCCUCUCCUUAGAGACGUGUAUAAAUGUGACGACCCCUGAUCUCCUGCAGACAGACACAGAUGACAUGUCGCCACGGGAAACCAAGUUGUCCUCAGGUGACAGUCCUGACGAUGGACUGGGUGACUCUAUAGCCAGGCAGAGUUCUCUGGCCACGCGGUCAAAGCUGGGAUCGGCAGCAGAUUCUGAGGCGACAGAUGCAGGCCGUUCAGAGAUGGGCAGUCUGACAGACCGCAGCAUCAUAGUGACGAAGUCGUCUGUGGACAGUGCAGGGGUUGACGAUUACUUCAGUGGAGCGGAGUGCACAGACGAUAUGGCCGUUGGGGAGAUCGCAGCGCCCGGGGAUCAGGACAGCGAGAUGGAGCUCUCUGCCCCAGAGAAUCUGGGGAUGGAGGGGGCGAGCAGAGGCGUGGAGUUAGAAUCAGAUCUGUCGGGUACUCGUCACCUGUCAGCCAGCAGAGAAAGUCUCAUUUCACCAUCGUCUCCAGCAUCUAAUGGAGGAAUCUACUCUACUGAAAUGUUAGAGAAUGUGGCCCUGAAUCUCCAUCGUAUUGACAAAGACGUGCAGCGGUGUGACAGAAACUACGUGUACUUUACCCCUGAGAACCUAGACAAGCUAAGGAAUAUCAUGUGCACAUACGUUUGGGAACACCUGGAUGUUGGUUAUGUACAGGGAAUGUGUGACCUGGUUGCUCCUCUACUUGUAAUAUUUGAUGACGAGGCCAAAACAUACAGUUGCUUUUGUGAGUUGAUGAAGAGGAUGUCUACCAACUUUCCCCAUGGAGGGGCCAUGGACACUCACUUUGCCAACAUGAGAUCAUUAAUACAGAUUCUGGACUCUGAGUUGUUUGAACACAUGCACCAGAAUGGAGACUACACCCACUUCUACUUCUGCUAUCGCUGGUUCCUCCUGGAUUUCAAAAGAGAGCUGCUGUAUGAGGAUGUGUUCUCAGUGUGGGAGACAAUCUGGUCAGCAAAACACAUCAGCUCCGCUCACUUUGUGCUCUUCAUUGCCCUCGCCUUGGUGGAGUACUACAGAGACAUCAUCCUGGAUAACAACAUGGACUUCACAGACAUUAUCAAGUUCUUUAACGAAAUGGCCGAGAGACACAACGCCAAGCAAGUGUUGAAUAUUUCUCGUGAGCUGGUUUUGAGGUUGCAGACCCUCAUUGACAAUAAGUAAUGAAGGGUGCAACUCCUGAAGACCAUCCAUUCCGGUGACACAGGGAUAAUGGCUACUGAAUAGAAAGUGGCUGCCCUUCAUAUGUGGGUGGUGGCUACUGAGUAGAAAGUGGCUUCCCUUUAUAUGGUGGUAAUGGCUACUGAAAAGAAAAUGGCUUCCCUUGAUAUAUGGACGUUGUGGCUACUGAACAGAUAGUACAUUCCCUUCAUAUGGGGGUGGUGGCUACUGAACAGAUAAUGGCUGCCCUGAAUAUGGAGGUUAUGGCUACUGAACAGAUAGUGCGUGCCCUUGAUGUAGGGGUGGUGGAUACUGAACAGAUAAUGGCUGCCCUGCGUAUGGAUGUUGUGGCUACUGAACAGAUAGUGCAUUCCCUUUAUAUAGGGUGGUGGCUACUGAACAGAUAGUGCAUUCCUUUUCAUAUGGGGGUGGUGGCUACUGAACCGAUAGUGCAUUUUUUAACAUAUGGGGGUGGUGGCUACUGAACAGGUAGUGCAUUCCUUUUCAUAUGGGGGUGGUGGCUACUGAACAAAUAAUGGCUGCCCUGAAUAUGGAGGUGGCAGCUACUGAACAGAUAAUGGCUUCCCUUCAUAUGGGGGUGGUGGCUACUGAACAGAUAAUGGCUUCCCUUCAUAUGGGGUGGUGGCUACUGAACAGAUAGUGGCUUCCCUUCUUUUGGAAAAUAUCUCAUUGUGUCAAUUGUUGGUGUUGUAACUUUGGAGAAUUUAGACAUCUGUUGUAGACAUUGGUGCAUUUAAGCUUCUGAAAACCCACUUCAUAUCCUAGUUUUAGUGUCAAAAAGUGUGAAAUUGAAAAUGUACUUGUGAGCUUUGAACUGCUAUUUAAUGAGUCAGAAACAAAUGAAGGAGCUUUACUCAUGACACUCUCCAUCGUGUAUACUCAGUUUUUUUAAAGUUCCCCUCUCAAGAGUUUUUUAUCUUUUUUUCUUUCAAGAAAUAUUUUAUAGGAGUAACUAGAUUCCAUGUUGGUAUGCAACAUUUUUCUUGAUUUAUUGUGUAUUUUAGAUUUUUUGUCAACUACUCACAGUUCAACAUUUAUGUGAAUGUAUAGGUACUAUUUUUUACAAAGGCUGUAAGCCCCAAAGCCAAACAUAUGUAAAAUACAAAUAUUUAAUGUUUGUGAUAACUGCUCUUUGAUGAUCAGUAACGUAGCAAGAUUACAUGUAUGUUACUCAAGAAAACAGAAGACUUUAGAUUGUUUACUUCAACCAAGAUUCAUACACAGUUAGUGAAGCUGAUAUUUAAAACAAAUUUUAAUGUCUUAAUUAUUCCAGUUGUUUAUUACCUUAAUUUAAUAUCUAAGUGUACUUUAGUUCAGCAUUUAAGCUUCAAGGCAGCUGAAAUUUCAAGGCAUACGUGAAGAAUUUUUAAAUUCUGCAGAAUUUUAAAUUGUGAUACACGAACCAAAUGAAGAUGAUAAUUUAUUGUUUUACAACUUUUUGACUAGAAUUUUGAACUGUUUUCGUACUUACAUCGCAGAAAGGUUAAACAGGCAUUUAUUCAAUUAAACUUCAUAGAUUUAAACAGCUACUUUUAUUACUCUGAGUUCAUGCUAUUUCAUUUCACGGGGAUAUCCUUGUAUAACAUCAAGUAGAAGUGUCUGAUAUAUGUGUAGCAUACAUAAGAUUGAAUUUGAUCAGCGUAAUUUUAUUUAUAGAUCAAUCUGGAACUGUUUUAAACUUUGCAUUUCUGAAACUCACUGCACAGCUUAAAGCUACAUGUAUUUUUAAUAUGUAAAUUUGUUGUGAAUUCCAAGAAAGCACACUGAUAUCUCUUAUUGUUUGCAUGUUGAUUUAACAAAAAAUUGAUUAUUUAUCUGUAUGUUUGUUUGCAUAGUGCUGUUUUUACUUUUGUUGUAUGGACUCAAGGUUUCCGCCUAGUUUACUUGAAUGUUGAUCAAUGUAAAUAGAACUAUCUUUGUUGAAAAUGAAAACAUUUACACCACCUAAGCGCACUGUUUCUCAUGGAAAAUGUCAAGGCCAUCUCUGUGAUCUGUCUGCCUGUUUCACUAAACAGUUAAAUUUGAUUCAUAAAAACCUUAAAAGACAAAACAGGGCAAAGAACCCUUUUGGGAGAAACAUCAGUCUUUCAGCGAAUUUUGUUAUAGCAAAAAAAUCUUAAAGAAUGUAUUUCGAGUUAAAAUUCUCAAAAGGGUUCUGGCGUUUCGAUGCAGGUGGCAGUGAAAUGUACAUUCAUUUUGCACAAAGUUAAAUUUAUUUACUUCUUUUUAUUUAUCUUAUUAUUGUGAAUUGUUUGGUGUAUAACCUACGGACUAAAAAUAUUUUCAGCUUCCUGCAAAAAGACAAGUGACAUAAAUUGGCUCAUAGUUGUGCUAACAUUUUAUAAUUUUGAAUAUUCAUUUAUCAUUCCAGAGUCGUGUUAUAAUAGGUACACGUAUGUAAAAAA